AGUAAUGCAAAAUCUGAUUCGGUAUCUCACCAAUGGCUGUAACGGGGGAGCUUGCGACGCUGCUGGGUUACAGUCCUUCACCGCGGCCUGUGGGGGAAGGAACCCUCCUAGCCCUAGCGAGGAUGAAGUGGACGAGUAUCAGCCCGUGAGUGAAGAUGUUGCCAGUGAUGGCGUUCCCGAGUGGAACGAUCUCAUCGUCCCCCGAUUCGACACAGCGUCCUCAAGCCCCAGCUAUCACGGCCGUAACCAGAGCUACUGCGCUGGGGAUUCCUUCGACGGGUCCACUCGUGCUGAAAGCCCUCGAGAUCCGUCUACGACUGCUAACGACAAGCGCCGACUAAGGAGUCUAGUCCGAGAGUUCACAGCGAGGGCAAUGCGUGGCGUUGACUGCUGGCAGGUGGACCUCCACAGUGGGGCUUUCCACAACGCCAUGUACCAACUCGAUAGGGACCUCAGACGGUUCAUCCUUGCUACAGAUCAACCUGUACGCGCAUGCCCACAGGUAUCUUGUGAUGUUGCCGAUAUAGUAGAUAUCCUCAGAGCCGAGGAGUCCCUUGUCACCCUAGAGUACCCGGCCCUUCAAGAUGCCCUCCUGCCCUCCGACAUGAGCCGUUUGAUCCUCCUCCAGGUAUACCAUCACGGCCUCGAGGACAUCGAAACAGUGGGUCUACUAGAAUCAUCUCAGCAGGCCCGAGAGACCUUUCUUGCUGCCCUCAACAUCCUACAAAUCUACGCCCAAGCUGCCGCCGCCGGCUCUGAUUGAUGCUCCC